AUGAGCUGUCUAAGGCAGCGCAUGACUACCCAGAGCUCUGAGCUGACCAGAAGGACCCUCCUGCUUGGACUUGCCCUCAGCCAGGAGCUUCUCUCCACCCCAGUGUCCCCCAACAGCAGGACCAGGAUAACAGGAAGGUUCACUGGGGCUGCUCGUUGCCCAGCUCCAAAGGUGCAGGUAGAGUGUUCUCCAGAGGGCGUGGAGGUGCUGGUUAUGAAUACCAUGGCAGCCUUGGGCCAGGUGGAGAGUCCUCCUACCAGCACCCACCUGAGGGGCUCCUCAGAAGGGGCAGUGACCCUGUACAAUUUCAGCUUCAAUGUCACAGGUCUACACCAGGGGGCGCCAGCUCCCCCAGAACAUGCUGCCAACACCCUCCCUCCAGACCCCAUGCUCCGUACCAAGGGGGUCCUGGAGGAUGCGAGGGGCUCUGUGUACUGUGUCCUUCAGUACUUUUCCCCCUACUCUCCACCUCAGAGCGGUAGACGAGCUGGGGGUGCUAAGCGCGGGGGCAAGGUUUGGAAAUCUGCGGAGACCACAGUGGCCGGCUGCAGCGAACCCUUGGCACCAGGCAAAGGAAAACACUGCCCUUUCCGCUCCUACCAGCCCGCGGCACGAGACCUGCGUCUAAGGGUUCAGGGGCGGAGGCAGAGGGCAGGGGACUGCGGAACCGUCCCCGGAGCGGGACGCGAACCGGCAGAGUUGGGAGAAGAGCCUCCGCGCCCGAGAGCUGAGCAUGCUGCCCCCGCGUGCAGCGCCCGCGUGCACCCAGCUCGGAGAGGGGGCGACAGGGCGGAGGCGGUGGCCUCCGGAAGGUGUCUGGGACCGGACCCGCUGCACGUGAGCCUAGCGUGGGGUCAUGUGCACCGGCUCAGCCCGGUUCGGCGCCCGGACGUGCUGCGUAUCAACAAAAUGAAACUCGAGGCGACAGGAGGGCAGAUAGCUCCGGUUCUCCGAACCACAAUCCCCAACCGCGCGACCUCCCCUCUGCACCGGUCUCCCACCGCAGCCCCUCCGCCCGGCCGGAGCCCGCCGAGCAAGUUGCAGCCCCGGCGCGCCCCCGCCCGCCCGCGCCCCCUCGCCGGCCCGGGGGCGCUUUGCCGCAGUCAUUAAUAAAGAAGGUCGCCAAGCUCA